AUGCCUCUCGUCUCCAUAAGUAUAAAAAUACCACCAUAUGGUUACGAUGAUGACGAUGGUCCAAAUCAAUGGGAAGGGUCUUGUCAAAUAGGCUUGAAGCAAUCACCAGUGGAUAUAACAUCAUCUUCAACCGAUUUGGAUGCUCUUCCAUUGUUUCAAUUCGAAAAUUACGGAAAAACGGGAGAUAUUAUAUUGCAAAAUACCGGAACAACAAUUGUUGCGAGUGGAUUUGAUAAAUGGAGCGAAGUACCAUUCAUUCAAAGUGGCGGCCUUCGAAGCAAAUAUAUUCUCAAGUUUUUUCAUUUACAUUGGGGACAAAGCGACAUUGUCGGCAGUGAACAUUCUUUUUCUUCGUUUCGAUACCCAGCAGAGUUGCAUUUGGUGCAUGCAAAGGAAGGCCAUAGUCUCGAUGAUGUAACGUUAGAUUCUGAUGUUAUGGCAAUUAUUGCUUUUUUCAUUAAGUUGGGCAAUGACGACCGUUCUUUUUAUCAAUUGGAGCCCCUCAUGAAGGAUAUAAUUGAAUUUGGUCCCUGCACACCUUUACCUUCAGGGUCAAAAACUUCUCUGCAUAAUUUCAAUCUAACGAAUUUUCUUAUCGGCAGUACGGAAACGUUUUAUCAAUAUGAAGGUUCAUUGAGCACACCACCUUGUUCUGAGGCGGUGGUUUGGACGCUAAUGGCUGAUCCAUUAAUCAUCACUGAUAAGCAGGUAACGUUUUAG